AUGGAUUUCGAAACCCAGCUGCGAGACGAAAUCGCCGCCAAUGCGCAGAGCAUCCUAUCGCUCACCCAGGAACUCGUACGGACGCCAUCCACCAACCCGCCUGGUGAUGUGUCUGCAGUGGCCUCGGUGGCGGCGGAUCAGAUUCGAAAAUUGAUUCCGGAAAGCGACAUCUCCACCGUCGAGACCGGCCCAGGCAUCACCAACGUCGUCGUCGUCAUUCGCUCAGGGCGCCACGGAAAACGGCUCAUUUUUAGCGGCCACCUGGACACGUAUCCGACAGGCGACGCUGCCGGGUGGGCUCUGGACCCGUUCAGCGGCCAACUGAGCAACGACGGCAAGUACAUCUACGGUCGCGGCGUGUCAGACAUGAAGGGAGGCAUAGCGGCGUCCGUGGUGGCGGCCCAGGCCCUCGCGCGCUGCAAGGAGCGCUGGAGCGGCGACGUGGUGAUUGCGCUGGCGGGGGACGAGGAGACCAUGGGCACGCUUGGCACGGCGCAUCUGCUGACGCACGUCGCUGAUGUCGGCGAGGCAGAUGCCAUGAUCUGCGGCGACGCGGGGUCACCGCUCAUUGUGCGUGCGGGCGAAAAGGGCCUGCUUUGGCUCGAGGUCGAGGCCAGUGGGAAGCCAGCCCACGGGGCUCACGUCCACCGAGGGAGCAGCGCAAUUGACCGGCUGAUGGUGGCACUCUCGGAGCUCAAAUCAUUGGAAAAGCUUGAAAUUACUGCGCCGACAGAGGUCAAGGAGGCCACCAUGGCAGCCAAGCCUGUGUCAGAACCCCUGGGCGGAGCGGGCGAGGCGGCCGUCCUCGGGAGCGUGACUGUGAACAUUGGCAAGAUAUCCGGCGGCACAUCGACAAAUCUCGUGGCGGAGACGGCGUCGGCAUCCCUCGACAUUAGGCUGCCCAUGGGUCUCUCCACGGUUACACUGAUCGAGGAGAUGAAAAGGAAGCUCGAGAAAAUUGACGGUGUCCGGUAUCAAGUUGUGCGGGCCUACGAGCCAUCGUGGACCCCGCCGGACGAGGAGAUUACAAGGCACGCGCUGGAGGUGACAAGGCUGGUGGUGGACGAACGGGCGGUGGUGAACAUGCGAGUGGGAGCCUCUGAUGCGCGGUUAUUUAGGGCAGCAGGGAUCCCGUCUGUAGUGAUUGGGCUGACGCCACAUAACAUGGGGGCGCCAGAUGAGCAUGUUGAGGUUGCGGAGCUGAUGCAGGUGGCGCAAAUCCAUGCGUUGACUGCCUAUAGAUUUCUGAAGAGUUAG